AUGAGGAGGAGGGGGGGGGAGUCGAGGGAGGGAGGAGGCGGGCUGCUGCACACGCUGCUGGAGGCUGGUUCCUUGGAUGCGGCAAAGAGCAAGUAUGGACAUGUCGAUCUCGGGGAUGAUGCCAUCCUGGGGACGGGAGGGAAAGGUGCGGAAGAUAAGAAGAAGCAGCGAAACUUGCUGGCGCUGGACAAGUGGAGCUCGCAGGAGCUGCUCUGCUUGCAGAAUGAGAGGAAAAUCAUACGGCCAGAUGGCAUUCUCAUUGACAGAACUGCCUUCGUCGUGACUGGCCAUCCGGUCCCUGACGGAUGGUCCUCUACCCACUUCGAGACUCUGCAGGAAGCAGUAGCUGCUGCCGAUGAUGGUCAGAUCCUCGUGGUUCAAGCUGGAAGGCACUCUGUGGGUUCGAGGCCUCUCUUCCUGGACAAGAGACUGCGCAUCGAGGGUGUGAAGGAUAGAAAUGCCGUUCCCGACCCUUCUGCCCUUGUUCCCCGCAUACCUGACGUCCAACGACUCAAGGACCCAGACACUACCCAAGUUGACUUGGAGUACGUGAGGUCGGAAGCGAGAAUCUUCUCCGACUAUGGCGAGCCAGUCAUCGUCGUGAACGCGUCGGGAGUGCAGGUGCUCGGCCUGACGAUAUCUCAGCGCAUCAACUUUCGCAUGAAGGAUCACGGGGACUUGCAAGGCCUGCUUGCUAGGACGGCUGUUGACAUCAUCGGAGGCAGCUCUGUCUUCAGGGAGUGCAGCUUCAGCUCUGACGCAGGUGUGGCCUGUAGAGUUCAAGGAGGAUCCUCCCCGUUCUUCAGCAAGUGCGAGUUCGAGUUCUCGGCCCACCAGGGGCUCUGGGUAGGCGACGGGUCGACCGGAAGGGUGGAAGACUGCAGGUUUGCUGAGUGCCGGCUGGCAAACUUGCAGAUCGAGUCAGGAGCCGAUCCUGUGAUCCUUCGCUGUAAGAUCUUCCAGUCCUAUGGGUGUGGGGUUCGCGUGACGGACAAGGGAAAGGGCUUGCUGAUGGGAAACCAGAUCUAUUCCAACAAGUCCUCCAACGUUUGUGUGGAUGACGAGGCAGAGCCGAUCUUUCGAGGGAAUGCAGUCUACGAGGGGAGUGCCGACGGGAUCAUGGUGAUGAGCAACGGUCUGGGGACGUUCGAGGACAACGAUAUUCGCAACAACGACGGGUCGGGGGUUGUGAUCAUGUCAGGGGGAGAGCCGACGUUGUCGAUGAACACGAUUCAUAGGAACAGAGCCCAUGGGAUCUUCGUGACAGGGGACGGGCAUGGUUUCAUUCGGAGAAACGAGAUCUUUCAGAACGUGCUGGCAGGGAUCUACAUCGACGCGGAGAGCAACCCCUCCAUCUCUCACAACAGAGUGUCCAACGGGUUGGGGACGGGGAUCACGGUGGCCGAUGAUGGGGAGGGAAGGAUCGAGGACAACGACAUCUUCCUCAACAAGUUGUGUGGGAUCGAAGUUCGAACUGGAGGAAACCCGCUGGUGCAGGCGAACAGGAUCUACGAGGGGAUCGGAGUAGUCAUGGUCGUGUUGCCAGGUGUUGGAGUGAAGGUGACAAACGACGGGAGAGGAACGUUCAGGGAGAACCAGCAACAGAUCUACAGGAACUCUCAUGCUGGAGUUGUUUUGGAGAACGGAGCAAACCCGAUCUUUGAGGGAAAUGCAAUCUUUGAAGGGGAGACAGACGGGGUCAACUGCUCGUCUUACUCUACUGGAGAGUUCGUGAAGAACAAGAUCAUGAAGAAUACUCUGAUGGGAGUUGUAAUUACUCGGCACGCCAACCCGAAAUUUGUCCAGAACGAAGUGUCAGGCGGAGCGGAUUUCAGGUGGCGGAUUCCGGCAGGGGGCAGCUGGAAGGGAACGAUGUGGGGGAGGAGAGUAGGCAGGAAGACGCUGUCUGACGGGGAGCGCGCAGGGAUCAGAAUCGAGUCGGACGGGAAGCCGCUGAUCGAGAAGGACAAUCGCGUGCAUGACGGUUACGAGGACGGGAUCCUUGUGUCCUGGGGGGGAGCCGGAGUCAUUCGGGGAAACAGAAUCUACCAGAACAAGAAGUCGGGGAUAAGGAUUGACGGAGGAAACCCACUGCUGAGGAAGAACAUGAUCUACCUAGGCUGCCUCCAUGGUUGUCUUGUCACCGGGAAGUCUUCGGCCAGGAUAGAGAGGAACGACUUCUUUCAGAACCAGGUUUGUGCGAUCCGAGUCGAUGGCGGAUCAGCCCCUGUGCUAAAGAAAAAUCUGAUUCACGACGGAAAGGGGGAUGGGCUUGUGGUUGGCAGCACAGGAAGGGGAGUGUACGAGCUGAACCGCAUCUUCAUGAACGCAGGCGCUGGCGUGAAGGUGGAGAAGAAUGCGGACCCAGAGCUCCUUGAGAAUCAGAUCAACAACGGAAAUGGCGUGGGACUGCACCUUCAACCAGGAGCGAAGGGGAGAUACGUUGGAAACGACAUUGCAGCGAACUACGGCGACCAGCUUCGAAUCGAAGGGAACAAACUGGGGUCGGGGGAUCUCUACUUCGAAAACAAUCGUGUGGACUGGAGCUUUCAGCCUUCCUUCAAGCAUCCCGACCUAGCUCCCAUCAUCCGCCAGCAGCUGGCCUCUCACCUUCCCGAAGGGCAACAAGGCCUUCCUCGAGGCGCCGGAGACUCCGACCGCAGAAUGUCUGCCUCCUCCUCCUCCUCCUUGCUGGACCUGAUCGCUGAUGCCCGUCCAGACUCCAAGUCGAUGACGCUCAAGCACACGUCCUCCCUAGCGAAAGACUUCGAGCAUUUCUCCAGCAAGAAGCUCUCGCAGACACUGCCAGUCAGGAAAAUGCGAUGAGGGGAAGAAAUAUGUACAUUGAGGAGCUAGAUGUUGCAGGGGAAGGACAGCGGUGGUCGUCCCGUGUACUUUGAUAUUCAUUGAUCAGUCACCAAUGUGUAUGAUACAAGUAAACAAGGUUCAAGUC